UGUACGACUAAAAGCUUAACUCCUGCGAGCAAAGGGUCUCCGUUCGUCAAAACGAUCUCCUCCAAGGAAAUUUCAAGUAAGUGUUUGGCCCACUGGCCCACAAGAACGAUCCUGCGAUCUUCACUCUUUCCUCGUCUUGGUGAUUGUGUGAAAGGUUCAAAGGUUCAUUCCAGAUCUUUGGCCAUUGCAACUGCUUGUGAGAGAGGCGAGCCUGGCUUAGCCAAACCUUGCUAUCCAGUCUUUUGAAAAGAUUCUGCGUCUGUUUUUUUACUCUGUGAUUGGUUGGCUUGGCUUGUGUUUGUUGUCAUUGCAAAACGAUGCCCAGCAAACGCAACAGCAAGUUGUACUCUCAACCACCACCACUGUCACCACCACAACAACGACGCCAGCAAUCAGAGAGUUGGGAAGAUUUUCAUCAGCAAUACCAUUCGGAACAGUUUCGCUACUCUGCCAACAAUCCUUCUAUUCUGCGACGAAUGGGCAGUGGCAACAAUGCUCCUCCCUUUCGUACCUUUCUUUCCAAGGAAUCUUCCUCCAAGUUGUCUUUGGUAGAUCAGAUUCUGUUGCGCCGCGACGACAGCAUGUCAUCUUGUAGCAGCAAUAGCGGCAGCGAACGCGGACGACGAAUGUCGGAGAGCGCUGGUGGGCGGCCAGGACGACGAAGACGAUGCAAAGGCAACAUCAAGAUUGGACAACCACCGAAGCAAGCCAAGACAUGGACGUUUCCCUCCCUAGGCUUUUCUAAAUCACCCUCUUCUACCGGUACCAAAUGAUCAAACAUUGGCCAGCAAACUAGCCAGCGGGUAGGCAUUGCACCUGUAGUCCUCCCUGAUCCCAGACCCAAGGGACGGUACUGGUACCCUUUCAAGUAGAAGAAACUUUUAGUCUUUCAUUGAAUCCGGUCCUGCCAAGCAAGUGUACAGUACUGGAGUGACAAUGGAAGAUAUAAGACACUAAUAUGCAUUUAAAAUCUAACUGUUAGGAAGCAAUUCAAUCUUCCG